GUUAUUUAUUUCUAUAUAGGUCCCGCUAAAUUUGUCAGAAAUUUAAAAAUAAAAUUUUUCUAGAAAUUAAGUAUGAGUUUUGAAUUGAACUCAGAAGAUGUCGAAAUUCCACCACCAACAAUAGAGGAAUCAAAAGAAAUUAAAGCAAUUAAUAAAGAAACCGUUCAUAGAAUAUGUUCUGGUCAAGUGGUUUUAAGUUUGGCUAUAGCUGUAAAAGAACUUGUUGAAAAUUCCAUAGAUGCUGGUGCUACAGUGAUUGAAGUAAAAUUAAAAGAACAAGGCUUAGAGUAUGUUGAAGUUUGCGAUAAUGGACAUGGUGUUAGGGAAGAGGAUAUUAAAGGAAUGACCGCAAAGUAUCAUACUUCUAAAAUUAAAGAAUUUUCUGAUUUAAAUGAAGUUGCAACAUUUGGUUUUCGCGGCGAAGCCUUAAGUUCUUUGUGUGCUUUAUCAGAUAUGAAAGUUAUUACAAAACAUAAAUCAAGUCCUGUUGGAGUAAGUUUCGAAUUGGAUCAUGAGGGCCAAAUAAGAAAUAAGUCAGUAUGUCCACGAGAAGUGGGAACCACAGUAACGCUAUCUAAUCUUUUUUCGACUUUACCAGUGAGAAAACGAGAGUUUUCAAAAAACAUUAAGAAAGAGUUUGCUAAAAUGUGUCAAAUUCUUCAAGCUUAUUGUCUUGUUUCAAAAGGAAUCAAAAUUAUGUGCUCGAAUAUUUCAGAUAAAGGGCGGAAAACAAAUUUUCUAUCUACUCAAGGUUCUCAUUCUGUACUUGACAAUAUAGUUGCAAUAUUUGGAUCAAAACAAUCGUCGGAAUUAGUGGUAUUGAAACCACCAUUGUUAAAUGAUGAAAAAUUCUGUGAAGAUUCCUUUUUAGAAGUGGAAGAUGUAUCAAAUUCAAGUUUACAAAUUCUUAAAGGCGAUAUCGAAAAACUAAAUAAUAUUAAUUUUGAAAUUGAAGGAUGGAUUUCUAGUUGCAGUCAUGGUAGUGGAAGAAGUUCAAAGGAUCGACAGUACUUCUUUAUAAAUUCCAGGCCAUGUGAUAAUAAAAAUUUAUCGAAAUUGGUAAAUGAAAUUUACCACAGAUAUAACGUUAAUCAAUAUCCAUUUGUUUUUCUUAAUUUAAAAUUAAAUCGUUCUGAUGUUGAUGUCAAUGUAACUCCUGAUAAACGCCAACUUUUCUUAAAUAAUGAAAAAAUUUUAUUACUUGCUGUUAAGAAAUCUUUGCUUAACACAUUUGGAAAUAUUCCUUCCACGUACAAAAUUCAAAAUUCUACGUUGUUAGACUUUAACAUUAAAAGCCAUUCAAAUGAACCAAAAGACGAAGAAGAUUUAUUUAAAGAGUCUACCUCCCAAAAUUUUAUGCAAAAAUUGUCACAAUGGAAACUCUCUGGUUCUACGGACAGUAUAUCUAAACCGCUAAUUACAACCAAACGUAAAACAAUCGACGAAAUUCAGCAAAGAACUUUCAAAUUACGCAAAAUUCAAGAUUUUUUAUCUCAACAGCCUUCGAUAUCUACAAAAGAAUCAUUUGCAAGUUAUAAAUCCGAUGAAGAUGUUUCGGAGGAUGAAAAACAAAUAGACAGUUCGGGUUUGAAUAAUUCCGUAAAUAUAAAUAUGCUGCGCGAAGAGUCAAAAGAGUAUGAUUUUUUAUUAAAAAAUUCAAACGAUUUAGAAUCCUCAGAGACAGAAUCAACUACUGCAACAAAAACAAUCAAUGUCGGAAAAAAUGUAAUUGCAAAUUCGUCUCCUGAGGAAAUGGUUGCAAAGAUUAGUUGUAAGAAUGUUCCAAAGAAAAAUGAUUUAGAAGAAAAUCUUUUAUUUGAGAAGAAAGUAUACAAAGAUACAAAUGAAAUUUCAAAUUCAACUCCUGAUGAAAUGAUUAAACAAGAUAAGAGUAAGAAUGUUUUAAAGAUAAAUGAUUCAGAAGAAAAUUUGUUUUUUGAGAAAGAAAUGGAUAAUGAUACAAAUGAAAUCGCACAAUCAUCUGAAGAAAUUAUUACACAAAAUAGUUAUGAGAAUGUUUCAAAGAAAAACGAUUCGGAAGAAAGCCUUUUAUUUCAGAAAGAUAUAAAUAAUGAAUCCGAAAAUUCUAUUUAUCCUAGUCAAUCAACAUUAAAUUCAUCUCAAGAUUCUGUAAUAUGUUUAAAAAAUGAUGUGGUAACUAUAGAACUAGACGAGGCAACAAGCGACACCAGUAUUGAAAUUGAAGCAAACAGUUAUAUUGAAACAUCUAUUGAAGAAAUUAGAAAAUUAGCUCUUGCAGAAGAUGAGUUUCUACAUUCAUCAAAUUCUAGGUCAAAUUUGUCCCGGUUAAAGUUCAAAAGUGAAAUCAAUCCCACUAAAAAUAAAACAGCUGAAGAAGAAUUGGAUAAAGAAAUAACAAAAGAUAUGUUCAAUAAAAUGGAAAUAAUAGGGCAAUUCAACUUGGGUUUUAUAAUUGUGAAGCUCGAUGAUGAUCUGUUUAUAAUUGAUCAACAUGCCUCCGAUGAAAAAUAUAAUUUUGAGGAUCUUCAAAAAACUGUUGUAUUACAAAGUCAAACUUUAACGGUACCACAGCGUUUAGAGCUUACAGCUAUAGAUGAAAUGGUUUUGAUAGAUAAUAUGAAAAUUUUUGAAGCAAAUGGAUUUAAAAUUCAUGUAGAUGCUGAUGCCUUACCAACUAAAAAGCUAAAAUUAAUAGCGAAGCCUUUUAGUAAAAAUUGGCAUUUUGGAAUAGAGGAUAUAUCUGACAUAUUGUUUAUGUUACAAGAUGCACCACCUGACACGAUGGUAAGACCAUCAAAAGUUCGACAAAUGUUUGCAUCAAGAGCUUGUCGCAAAUCAAUAAUGAUUGGUCAAACGUUAAAUAAAUCAACUAUGAAACGAUUGGUAAAUCAUAUGGGUGAAAUUGAACAUCCUUGGAAUUGCCCUCACGGAAGACCUACAAUGAGGCAUUUAAUAAAUUUGGCAAUGAUAGAAACGGAAAAUAGUGAUGACAAUGAAGAUUAG